AUGGCUCCCCAACGAGACCUGCCCCUAAGAGAACUUCACCCCCAAGGCAAGUGCCAGCGCCGGCCUGCGGCUGUGGCCGUACGGGGGCUCUGCAGUUCAGGGCAAAGCCGCUCUCCACGCCGCUCCGAUCGCCCUCCCCACCCCGCCCCCCCCCUCCGCCCCCCCCCCGCAACCCCACCGCCCACCCCAACACACAACACCCACGCCGCGCCCCGCCCCCCAACCCCGGACCCACCCGCACCUGAGGCCAACACCCCCUCCUCUUCCCUCCCCCAAUACCCCCCCCCUCCAGACCCCCAAACCGCUUCGCCAACCACCCACCCUCCCACCCAAUCUCCCCCCGGCCACACCAGAGGCACCACCACCCCACCUGCCCCCGAUCCGGUCAGUACCGAUCCCUACCCCGAGACCCCACCUCCCGCCUUAGACCCUGGGGGUUACCCUGCUCCCCAAGGAUCACGACCACCCUUCCCCCCUCCCCCCGAGCCGAUCCCCCCGCUUCCCUACCCACUGGCCCCCCACCCUCCCCUCAUCGAACCAAUCCGCCACCCCUACACCUCCGACUAC